UCAUUUCUGCUCAGUUCAACGUCCCUUGCCUGCAAAGUAGUAGAAGGCUUUAGACUUAGAGUUUUAGACACACAACUCAAUUCUGUUUAGAUUCUCUCUCUAUUCAUCUGUCAACUAGAGAGAUAAAGGACAAAACAAAAGCAAAACAAAGCAAAGCAAAGAAUCAGCUUCUGUUUGCUUGUACUUUGCCUAUCUGCAUUUCUCUUAUUAAAAUUCUAUAUCUUGUUACUUUCUGUUUCAGAUUCUGAUUGUUCUGUUAAGUUCUGCGAUCACUUGGGGGUUUGUUUGCUCCUUAGGUUCCUUUGGUUUGCUUACUGGCCUUUGUUUCUACAUGGAUUGUUUCUUGAAAUAGUCUUUGGUAGAGAAAUAUACCGCUGAACGGUUGCUGAGAGAAAAAAAAAUAUGUAUUUGAAAAGCAGAGAGCAGACUUCAAGAAGUGUUAUAUCACAAAAGUGGACUUUUUUUCUUUGUUUGGGAUGCUUCUGUGCUGGUAUGCUCUUCACAAACAGAAUGUGGACAGUUCCUGAAUCAAAAGGCAUCACACGGACAACUGCAAUGGAAGCUGAAAAACUAAAGCUAGUUUCGGAGGGUUGUAAUCCAAUAUCUUUGCAACAGAAAGAAGUAAGGCAUGAAGCUAAGGAUAUUUUUGGGGAAGUUUUUAAGACUCACCAUGCCAUACAGACAUUGGAUAAGACUAUUUCAAAUUUAGAGAUGGAAUUAGCUGCUGCAAGGGCAGCACAAGAGUCUAUAUUGAGUGGUUCUCCUUUAUCAGAGAACUUAAAGAAGGUUGAAUCAGCUGGGAAGAGAAGGUAUUUGAUGGUUGUUGGAAUUAAUACUGCUUUUAGCAGCCGGAAACGAAGAGAUUCAGUUCGUGCUACAUGGAUGCCACAAGGUGAAAAAAGGAAGAAAUUGGAAGAAGAGAAGGGCAUUAUUAUUCGAUUUGUCAUUGGUCAUAGUGCCACAUCAGGGGGUAUUCUGGACAGAGCUAUUGAAGCCGAGGACAGAAAGCAUGGAGAUUUCUUGAGGCUGGACCAUGUUGAAGGGUACCUGGAAUUGUCUGCCAAGACUAAGAUAUAUUUUGCCACUGCUGCUGCUCUGUGGGAUGCAGAUUUCUAUGUCAAAGUUGAUGAUGAUGUCCAUGUAAAUAUAGCAACACUUGGAGAAACACUAGUUAGACACCGAUCAAAACCAAGGUUAUAUAUUGGGUGCAUGAAAUCUGGUCCCGUCCUUAAUCAAAAGGGAGUGAGAUACCAUGAACCUGAGUAUUGGAAAUUCGGUGAAGCAGGAAACAAGUAUUUCCGUCAUGCAACUGGACAGCUUUAUGCAAUUUCAAAAGAUUUGGCUACAUAUAUAUCAAUAAACCAGCAUGUUCUACACAGAUAUGCUAAUGAGGAUGUUUCAUUGGGAUCUUGGUUUAUUGGACUUGACGUUGAGCAUAUUGAUGAUCGGAGACUAUGUUGUGGCACCCCCCCUGACUGCGAGUGGAAGGCCCAGGCAGGCAACAUCUGUGUUGCCUCAUUCGAUUGGACAUGCAGUGGGAUUUGCAGGUCUGCUGAUAGGAUUAAGGAGGUCCAUCGGCGUUGCGGAGAAGGUGAGAAUGUUUUAUGGAGUGCUAAAUUUUAAGAGGCGAUUUGGAGUUCCUCCAAACUCAGGAGGAUGGCAAAAUUAGAGUGGGAGAAGGAGGUGUGCAAAUCUUUUUCUGUAUUUUUAUUCUAGUAUAGGGAAUGAUAUAUCACAGAAGACAGUGAGAGAGAGAGAGAGAGAGAGAGAGAGAGAGAGAGGCAGAGGCUGAGGCUGAGAGAGUCGCUUCGUGGUCCUGUUCCAUUUUAGUAGAAGGGAUUGACCAUGAGAGCGGUAAGAAAAGGAAGCGUCACCACCCACAUUAUUCUUUGAUGCUUGUAGGGCCAAUUUGUAAGUUAACAGUUCAACGCCUUUCAAGCUUAUAGUAAUUGCAAAAAAUCUUUUCAGUUC